AUGGCGCGUAAAGGCUCUGGUACAGAUGGCCCUCUACAGACAGCCCUCCUGGAAUCCACGUUUGCAGCCACGACAAGAGCUUCUGAAGGACAGAAGAUCUUCAGCCCUAUAGCUGCACUCCUCGACAAACACCGCAGCCAAACCGCCGGCCUUGCCCCUCACCUACUGAGAGCCCUCACCGCUCUAAGCGAUGACCUCGCCUCAAUAGCCCAACAACAUUUCAACGCCUACAUUAGCGGUCUUGAACAGUCAACUUAUGCGACUAUUACCCAACAUGCCCCAGCCAAAUCAACUCCCACCACUCACUCUAAAGCCCCUGCUAAAAAGCCUAUGCCUCUGAUUAAACAACCCCUUCCUGACAAUCGGCUCUUCGUACGUCUCCCAGCUGAUCAUGCAGCUAGAAAAAUGGAAGCCUACACUAUCUACUCUAGCCUAAGGUCUCAACUAAACUCAAACAGUGCAGCACUAAAAGAAGUUCAAACCACAAAGACUGGCUUUGCACUAUGUCCCUCAUCUCCGGAAGCCUUCCUAGCCCUUGAGGCCCAGAAAGAGAUUAUCUCUGCAUUCUUUGUUAACUGCCAGAUAGAACGCAGCUCCCGAUGGGUCUCAUAUCGAGUUACCAAUGUGCCAAGGAAAAUUGGCUAA